UGCAUUGUCAAUGUUUUCUUUUUUUAUGAUCUAUGGGAUGGUUUAUCGUAGCCUGGAUCUAGAAAACCCUUCAUGCUAGCUUAUCUGAUAGAUGAAAACGUCAGCUCGCCAACUUUUUUACCAACUAAUAAAAUGAUUUUAAGUUGGGCUUCCUUCAAUAACUUGCGGAUGCUUUUAAUGGCUUGCAUGCCAGUAGUGAUUUUCUACCUGAUAUGGUUAGUGAAUACUUCUGAAGAAAUCAGAAGCGAGGAAGGGGCUCUACUGGACCUCGUCUGUUGGCCCGACGGCAAUGCAAUCCCAGUUAUCAUCGCGUGCGGGUCUGUCAUUGCUGUGGUUAUUGAGCUGUAUGGUUUGUACCAGUUGUUUAGAGCUGGUUUACCGAAAAUGGAAUACGAUGUCACCAACGGUCUUUACUAUUACAUGUGGGCGCUGAUUAUCAUGAUAAUAGUGUUUUUCGCCAUCAUGUUUUAUUCAGGGCUACAGUCAACCAUUAUACGAGCUAAAAUAAAAGGCGGUAUCACCAAAGCCAUGCUCCGCUACUCCACCCACCUGCCCUCGAAGGUGGCCAUAGACCGUCUGCAGACCAGGUUCCACUGCUGCGGCCGCGUCAACUUCCUCGAGUGGUUUUAUAUACCAUGGUACACCACUGGCGAAACUAUCAAACCGGAGUCGAUAAAGAAUCGCAAAUUCGUAGCUGACAGUGUCCCUUACAGUUGUUGCUCCAAAGACGUCAUGUGGCCGUGUAUCCAUCAUCGAGUGACCAGAAUUGGCACCAUUUACAAAUACAAUCCAACCAAACAAUUGACGAUCUGGCAAGAUGGAUGUGAAGAGAAACUUAUCAGCGAAAUGAUGACAGUGUCCUGGCGAUUCAACGCUGUGAUGGCUUUGAUAAUUAUAGCUAUGAUAUUGCAAGUAAUAGCCGUGCGGUACCUUCACACAGCUUAUCGCAGCGGCCUCCACGUCGGCAACCGGAUCAUCUGCAACGCGUACCUGUUCCGCUCGGAGACCAACACAGUGUCCCCCGCCGCCCCGCGCCGCAAAAUAUUCCGCAAGCGGCGGCUGCGGGAGGCCCGCACACUACACUGGGUCACAGCUACCUACCGCCCGCGGAGAGGAGGGACUUCUUCCCCCUCGGAUAUGAACAGUUCAGACGAUUUACUCAAGCCUAUAUACGAAUAAAGUUACUAAUUUCUACGGAAUCUGGUAUCAAAUCCCACUAACGACCCUGCCGCAAGGUGUUCUGCAAGCGGCAGCUGCGCGGGACCCGCACGCUCUGGGUCACCGCAAUCUACCGGCCACCGACGGUAGGGACUUCUUCCCCCUUGGACAUGAACAGUUCAAACGAUUUAAUCAUGUAUGAAUUGUUGUUUUCCAUGGAAUCUGAUGUUCAAUGUAAUUCCCACUGAUCUCCCCCCCGCAAGGUGAUCCGCAAACAGCGGCUGCGUGUACGCUACCUACCGCCUGCGGAGGGAAUCGGGACAGAGUGCUUAUUAGCUAGAUAAAAAUUAAUUAUCAUUUCUUAGGUCUUGAGCACUCCUCAUGAAUCUUUCCCAUAACAUGUGAUGUCAUCGGGCCAUCUAUGCGUGCCACGGUCUGACAACUAGGAAUGGCGAUAUGGAUAUUUUUCGGGAUAAAAAAUACCCUAUGUGUCAUUCCAGGUUAUAUGAUGUACCCGUGUACCAAAUUUCAUAAUGUGUCCAGAAGAUUUUGCGUGAAAGUGUAACGCAUAUACACAUAGAUCCUCACAAUCUUUCGCAUAUAUAUUAUUAGUAGGAUAGGAAUAUCUUACAAUGGUUUUGUGAAGAACCAAUGU